ACUCGGAAUCCCUGAAGAAAAAACUUUUCACAACACUCCUCCUCCUUACUCUGUCUCUGUUUCUCUGCCUUUGACUCGCUCAUUGACUGACUCGUAAUUUUCCUAACCUCCUCAUUCUCCUCCUCCUCCUUCGAGUACUCUGUGUUCGAUCCACUCUUCAGUCUUGAUCGUUCUCAUCCGCCUUUCGAGCUGGUUGUUGGUGGUUGCCUGGCGAGUAAAUCCAUCCAUCAACCGAACUAACACUCCAUUCGGAUUGGUCAUAUCACCUAACGACUCGCUCGGGGAAUUGCCUUGAACGGCGGGAUCGUCUUUCCUGGAUUUUGAGGGGAACGCUCGCGCUCGUUGGUUCCGGAUACGAUAUCCAUUGACCCAUUGUCUGGAGGUGGCCCUGGCAGAUUCUCUUCGGAUCCUGGAUUGUUUCAGUCCAGUCAUUGAAGGGCCAUCAGUAUGAAUCGCCCUGGGAAGAAGGGUCAGGCGGCGGGCGCCCCGCCCGUGUUGAGUCGCCAACACGUGCCACAUCCGUCUGGUCGGCGAGCGGGUGGACCGCGGCGAUGUGUCACCUGCGGCUUUCUCUGUAAUCCCGACCUUUUAGGCUGCCCGGAGUGUCCGUCACAUCAAUAUUGUUCCCAAUUGUGUCAGGAACGAGAUUGGCCCAAGCAUGUGGCGCGCUUUCACCCCCAAUGGUCGACGCCCAUUCCCCCGCCAUGUACUCCCGCCCCACCGAUGACCUCUUCGCCCGUGUGGGUGGCCCCUAUCGAGGUGAUCCCCCCGCCUUGGGUCCCUGAGUCCGUGGCUCCUUUUUUAACCACUCCCGUGAUAUCGUACCCCUCCUCUGAACCGUUGUUCGGCUCACAGCUCGUGUCUCAACUCGAUAAGGCACAAGAACUAGCCCAAUUACUCGAUUCUCGCCCCAAUUCACCCGUGCUAUUCGGCCAAGUCACGCCCGAGAUCUUGCGUCCCCUGUCGCCUGUGAUGACUUGGGCUCAACCUUCAGGUCCACCUAUUCCCGCCUAUUCGAGGGUUUCGCCCUCUACGGUCCCUCCGAGUUCAUCGUUAUCCGAGUCGUCAGUCGAUCCGCCCCCUUGUGUUGAUACUCCUCCUGCCUCCCCUUCAGGCCCUGCCGGCGACCUCACCGCUCCCACCUCCUUGGUUGAUGAAGGAGAGGAGGUAGACUCGGGCACCGGAGUUAAUUAUACCAAAAAAACUCGAUUGGAGAUGAGGCGCGAGGCUCGAAAGACCAAAAAGGUCGCCCGAAAGCGGUAUAAAAUGGCCAAUGUGUCAACCUCUGUGACCCGUCAUGUUAAUGAAGUUGAGACCGAGUCUAAGACUCCGCCGACCACGUCGACUAAAGACCAGGUCGCAGUGUCGAAAACGGAGGCAGAAGUCGUCAACAGUCAGCCAGAUCCAGUCAUUGAACGCAGUGAAUCCCGAGAAAGUCUAGCGUCCGUGAUCGAGGUUCGUCAAUUGACCAAACGCCAAAAAAAACAAGAAGAGCGACGCAUUCAAAAUGCCAUGAGAAAGAAGCAAAAGAAGGAAAAACAAAAAGUCCAGUACACUGAAGACUACAUGCGUCAGAAAACCCAGACCAAAGAGCUUUUGAGUGAGCGCAAGCCCUUGGAGUGCGCCGUGGCUCUGACGAAGCUUAUGAAAGUCAAUCCCAAAGACCCGGAGUUGUAUGAGCGACGACGCGAUUGUUAUUUGGCCUUGGAUAAGAUCUACCAGGCUCUAGCCGACGCUCAAACGGCAGUUGAGCUCUCAGAUUCGACCGAUGCUUGUUACCGAUUGCUGGAAAUAUGCUUUCGAACUGGCCACGCUUUGAAAGCGUCGGAGAUCCGCUUACGACUUUCAGAUGACCUGUUGAGCCCCGAGGAUGCCAAGAAAUGCGACGUGAUGGUGGAGGCCUUCAAUGAAACAAACUCUCUUCUCGACGCAUCCAAGUGGACGGAAGCCAUCACGGCUUUGUCUCAGUGCGAAAUCAUUUGUCCUGAAGGUCAUUAUUACUUGAUCCUUAGAUGUGAAUGUCUGUUGCAUUGCCGCAAAUAUGCCGAGGCCAAGAACGUACUCCUAAGACUUCGUCCUCACGAGGACCUCCAAGUGGAUUUGCGAUACCUUCAGUCGCUUUACGACUACUACACCGACGCUUCAUCGUGGAGCAAUGAGGACAAGUUUACGGAGCUUUCAAGUGCCCUGAAGGAAUGUGCACGAUUGGGUAAGACCAGGUAUCAGGCGACGGAAAGCAAUCUACGAAAGAUGAGAAAUCUUUAUCACCGAGCUGAGCAAGAGAUGGCCAAAGACGACAAGAGCGUGGCCAAGUCCAUCCUCCAAUCGGCACUGAAUGUGGACCCCUUGCACUCAUUGUUCAUGUCCGAGAUCCAUUACUUGUUGAGUAUGCUCCAAAGCUCUAUUGAGGACAAGCUGAAGGAUCUCAAUUUGUCGUUGAGGUUCAAAGAAUCCCGAUUGGCCUUUCUCGAGCGUGGCAAGCUCUUCCGACAUAAGAACCUCGUAUAUCAGGCCAUUGAGAACUUUGAGAGCGCCCUCAAGUUUGAUCCCGAGUGUGUGAGUACGAUUCACUUGCUCGAGCGAUGCCAAAUCGAAUUGAGUGUGAAGCAGAAGAAGCACAUCCGGACGCCGUUCAGAAAUAACGACCACUACGCACUCUUGAACAUUUCCUCUAAUGCAUCCACCGAGGAGAUCAAAAAGGCCUAUCAUGCCAAACUCACGGAACUUUGUCCCGACAACCAAAACGACCUUUCAGCCGAAGACCGCGAGAACUGCAAAAUCAUUCUAGACGCACUCUCUCAAGCCCAUUCGACUCUGAUCAACACCAAAAGGCGCAGGCUCUACGACAAAGAGCGCAAACGUUGCACCUCAUCCGAUGUGGAUAGCGAUUACUCUGAGGAUGAUUUUGCUAGUGAUGGCGAGGAAGUUCGACCAGGAUCCUCCCUUGGGAGUGCUGAAGCGAGUGGAGCAGUCGGCGGGACUUUAGAAUCGAAUGCAGCUUAUUUGAAGCGCAUUAUGAAAAGUAUGGUGGAGCUAGGUUUGGACCCCAAGAAGACGCAACGAAGGAAGAAAUAAAAGUGAUACCAGAUAAUCCACCUGAAGAAGAGAAGUUAUCCCCUUUUGAGAUCAGGCAGUGCAAAUGGAGAUGAUAUAAUCGUGGUAUGAUUCACUCGAGUACAUUCAUGAAUUGAGCUGAACAUCUCUAAAGUUGAAAAGCUCGUUGAGGGUCAAGUUUGUCAAUGUCGUUUCUCAUCUGAUCAGGAAGUAUUUUUGUCAGUUUUGUGUAAUAUAUAAAUAGCAAAAGAUGCAGAGAUAAAUAAAACCACAUUGUUCUAAAAUAA